AUGUGCAGUUUGGCGACAAAUCUCUUACUUCCAUCGAAGAUGAAACCAGGUUUUUUAGAGAAACAGAGCAAUAGCUCACUCUUUGUUACCAAUAGAAGAUCUAAGAUGCAGAACAGAUCUAUUGUUCCUGUUGCAAGAUUAUUUGGACCGGCGAUUUUUGAAGCUUCCAAAUUGAAAGUAUCAUUCUUAGGAGUUGAUGAGAAGAAUCAUCCAUCAAAGCUCCCAAGAACUUACACUCUUACUCACAGUGACGUAACCGCUAAGCUAACUUUAGCUAUUUCUCAAUCUAUCAAUAACUCUCAGCUGCAAGGAUGGGCAAACAGGUUGUUCCGAGACGAAGUAGUGGCCGAGUGGAAGAAAGUGAAAGGUAAAAUGUCGCUUCACGUUCAUUGCCACAUUAGCGGAGGCCACUUCCUUUUGGAUCUCAUUGCCAAGCUUCGAUACUACAUAUUCUGCAAAGAAUUACCAGUGGUAUUGAAAGCUUUUGCCCAUGGAGAUGGUAACUUGUUGAAUAACUAUCCCGAGCUACAAGAAUCACCUGUGUGGGUUUAUUUCCAUUCAAAUAUACCGGAGUAUAACAAGGUUGAAUGUUGGGGACCGCUUUGGGAGGCGACGGACCACCACCACCACGACGGACAUAGGACCCGCAAAAAAUGUGAAACACUGCCGGAGCUAGCUUGUCCCAAUGAAUGCAGCUGUUGCUUUCCGGAAGUUAGCUCAAUCCCCUGGUCUCACCGUCAUUAUUAUCAACAUAAUAGAAGAGAGGAUGAUAAUGUCGCUGAUGGCCUGUUAGGGAUUUCAAUGCCAAAUUCGGAGAAAUAA